UCCGGGAGGGGCCAUUGGCUCUCUCACUUUCUCAGAAGGUAACUGGUGGAAGCCUCCAAUGGCUGCCUUGGUUGCCUAUUACGACUCCGAAGUGGUGAAAGAAACGUAACCCCAUUUUUCCGGACUUCAGAGAAGUAGAAGAAGUCACUCUUCUGUACGUCUUAUUUUUAAAAGGCGUUUCUCGGAAUUCCUUGAGUGGUUUCCGAUGUUUCCGAUGCUCCCCCUCUUCUAGCUUCCUCCGCCCCUUUCCCUUCGUCUUCCUCCUCUGCUUCCGUAGUCGGUAAACGGAAGAUGGCGUCCAUAGGCUCGGACUGCUCUUCCCUAUGCGGUAUUCCAUCGUCCUCUUCCCUACCAUCUUCACAGAAGCAAUGGAAAAGGGCGAUUUCGGGGAUUUCCUUUCGUCGGGAUCCCUUUUUUCGGGAAAAGAAUUGUGUCAGAUCUGGCAACCGUCCUUGUUUUCGUGCAGUUUUCAUGAAGGAAGGAUUGGCUGCGGCUGCAGCAGAAGGGAAAAACGCUUCCAGAAAUUUGAAUAAUGGCAAUGGAGUUAGCCCUCUCAAACCGUUGGAGGAACGUGGAGAUGCGAUGGCAAUCUCCGACAAGAAUGAUAGUGAGCCCACAGUUAGUAUCACUGUCGUCGGAGCAUCUGGAGACCUUGCAAAAAAGAAGAUUUACCCUGCUCUCUUCGCUCUUUUCUACGAGGGCUGCCUUCCUGAGCAUUUCACGAUCUUCGGUUACGCUCGUAGUAAGAUGACAGAUGCAGAACUUAGAACAAUGGUUAGCAAAACUCUCACUUGCAGAAUUGAUAAGAGGGAGAACUGCAAUGACAAGAUGAAGCAGUUCUUGGAAAGGUGCUUCUACCAUUCAGGUCAGUACGACUCGGUGGAUAAUUUUGCAGAGCUGGAUAAGAAACUCAAAGAGCAAGAGGGAGGCAGACUCUCAAACCGACUAUUUUACUUGUCCAUUCCACCAAAUGUAUUCAUAAAUGCAGUAAAAUGUGCCAGUCUAUCAGCUUCUUCAUCUAAUGGAUGGACAAGAGUUAUUGUUGAGAAACCUUUCGGACGUGAUUCUGAAUCAUCUGCAGCACUUACAAGGGGCCUCAAGAAAUACCUAAAAGAAGACCAAAUAUUCAGAAUUGACCAUUAUUUGGGAAAGGAACUCGUUGAGAAUUUAUCGGUGCUUCGUUUUUCGAAUCUUAUUUUUGAGCCAUUAUGGUCAAGGCAGUAUAUCCGGAAUGUGCAAUUAAUAUUUUCUGAAGAUUUUGGGACAGAAGGCAGAGGCGGGUACUUUGAUAGCUAUGGGAUUAUAAGAGACAUAAUGCAGAACCAUCUCUUACAAAUAUUAGCUUUGUUUGCUAUGGAAACUCCUGUCAGUUUAGAUGCAGAAGAUAUCAGGAAUGAGAAGGUAAAGGUUCUACGCUCAAUGAGGCCUUUACAACUGGAUGAUGUGGUAAUUGGUCAGUAUAAGAGCCACUCCAAGGGUGGUAUUACACAUCCAGGAUAUCUUGAUGACAAGACUGUGCCAAAGGGAAGCUUGACUCCAACAUUUGCUGCUGCUGCUCUAUUUAUAGACAAUGCUAGAUGGGAUGGAGUUCCAUUUCUGAUGAAAGCUGGUAAAGCUUUGCAUUCAAAGAGGGCUGAAAUCAGAGUACAGUUCAGACAUGUUCCAGGUAAUCUAUAUAGGAAAAGCUUCGGUACAGACCUUGACAGAGCUACAAAUGAGCUUGUGAUACGUGUUCAGCCUGAUGAAGCCAUCUAUUUGAAGAUCAACAAUAAGAUUCCUGGGCUUGGCAUGCGUUUGGACAGAAGUAAUCUGAAUCUUCAUUAUGCAGCUAGAUACUCAAAUGAAAUACCUGAUGCCUAUGAGCGACUGCUGCUUGAUGCCAUUGAAGGAGAGCGGCGACUCUUCAUUCGCAGUGAUGAACUCAAUGCAGCAUGGGCACUCUUUACUCCAUUGCUGAAAGAAAUAGAAGAGAAAAAAAUUGUGCCCGAGCUUUAUCCAUAUGGUAGCAGGGGACCUGUUGGUGCUCAUUACCUUGCUGCAAAGUAUAAAGUCCGAUGGGGUGAUCUCAGUGCGGAACACUAACCUGAGUGAUGAGACUUUGGAAGGUGUUGCGGAAGAAGGUUCUGAUUUCUACCGGUAGUACAACAACAGUCUUGUUGAAGUUAUCCAAGUCGGAAGAAAUAAAGGAUGAAGUCUUAAGGGCUCAGGGUAACAUGAACGGAGUGGCUAAUCAGAUGUCAUCCAUGAAUUUUGACAUAUUCCUUUUGUUGUUUAGGCUAAUGUUAUAUCUAAUUCCCCAUAUGCUGUAUUUUUUGCAUGAUUGGAAUUCACGAAUGGUGGAUGAAUGAUGCAGAUGAAAUGAAUUUUUUAUCUGUAUCUCGUUGUCUAUGUUUCUCUCUGGAGACAUGUGAGUGAAAUUAUUUUUCCCUUUUCUUCA